GAGCCAAACUCUUGGGGUCAGGACAAUUCAGAAGAGUUAAAGCCCCUGAGAGGACAAUUGGCGGUGAUUUACGGGGGUGAUACAUUUAUGACCAUGGAGCUGUUUGCCACCUACUUCACAACAGGGCAGAUUCCACUCUUGUCAAGUCUAUAAAACCCACAGUACGGGGCUGCAGUAUUGCACAAACUAGAGACAAGUCUCAUGCAAAGAUUUGUUUCCAAGAGUGUACAUUAGAAAUGGGUGGAUAUAAUUCAGACUAAUUCCAUCAAGAAAUAAUUAAUUGUGCUAUAUACAUUUUGGUGACAAUAUUGAGUGUUUUUUUGCUUUCAUGUUCACAUAUUUGAAUGGAAUUAACCUGAUGCAAAAGUGAAAGGAUCGAGUUGUAUUUGGAUCUACCUCAAGGAAAAAAACCCCAAGUGAUGUGAAAUUGAAACAAAAUUGUAAAGAAAAUCUACACAGCUAUUAAAAAUGGGAACAUUGAAAGGAAACCUUCUUAGUGCUACUUCACAACAGUGGUCGACCCUUAGAACUGAUGAUGACAUUCAAAAAGCUGUGUCCGAGUUUUUGGAUGUGGAGUCCUCAAAGCAUCAGGAACAGUCGUUUAAAAACAGCAUUGUAGAAAUCUCCCACUGGCUAGGAGCCAUGAUCCAACAGGAACGCGAAGGAUGGGCCUACAAAGUUAGAAUGGCCAUGCAGGAAAUCGAAAGCCACCGGAGGGAAGCUCUCAAAAUACAAGGAGUUCUAAAUCAGUGCACAGAACAGCUUCAUGUUAUAUCCGAGUGCUGUAAUUUGGAUAAAGACCGUUUAUUGAAAAUUGCUGACAAAGAGCCUAAAUACGCCUUGCCACUUUACAUUGAAUGUUUGACAGAUCUGAUUAACUCUUUGGUUGAGGAUCGAAUACAGUGUCUUCAUCUUCUACGCAAGAAAGAAACCGAUGCUACGUCACUGUGUGAGAUGCUCAAGGAGCAUUUACACAAAGAACACAAGAUCACCCAGCAAAGCUUUUCUAGUCUCUCUCAAAAGGUGAUUGAUCUCGAAGCAGAAAAUCUCAAACUUAAGAAACUGUUGAUGAGAAAAAGUGAUGAAAUGGAGAGAUUUCAGAAACACAGACAAACCCAGGAUGAAUAUUCAGAGAAACCUGCAGUUUUUGAGAAAAAGCCCAAAUAUAGCAAUUUGCCUCCUAUAGAAAGAAGCUCUCCUUCAUCUAUGCAAACUGGGUCCUCUCCUGUUUCCAACAAUGACUCUGUUAUUCCAUUGUCUGAGGAAAAACUCCACAAACUACGACACAGUGCCAAGAAACUGGAAAAUUCCUUGCAAGAUGCUCUAUCUCAGUUAGACACUUAUCGUAAAGGUUCCCAAGGAAGCAUAAAAUACAGCCACGCUUCCAUGAUUUCAACCAACUUCAAGUUGAAGCCCCUGCUUCCAAAUGGAGAAGAAGACACAAGUGAAAAUGAUCAGUUUGUAACAUGGGCACAAAACAAAAUGGAAGUCAGUGGGAAAACUAGGGAAUCACCUAGAGAGAAGACAGUUAAAAGCUCUCAAGAUCAGAUCAGAGAAGUCAGAAAGAGGCCAAAGCAGAUCCUUUACUCUGACAGCAGAAUGCGCCAGGAAGAGAGAGAGAGCCGUCGAGUUGAAAGGAUCUAUCCCACUGACUCACAGAAAGCCUGCACGUUCCGUUCUCUUGUGCGCUCCUUGGACGAGAUGCGCCAGCGCAAAAUCAGUAAAGCAAAAGGUGGGAAAGUUUCUAAGUGUCUUAGAUGCCAGAAAUUAUUUACCCUUAAUGACAACCAUAAGAAAGCUUGCUGCUACCACCCCCGAACAAAAGAGAGAGUAGAAGAGUACAAUAGCAAGGGGAAGCUACAGAGGGUGACCUAUGUGUGGCAGUGCUGCCAACAGGGCAUAGACAACCAGGGCUGUAUCUACGGCCAGCAUAUAUAGUAGCUAAAUAGCUAGAUACUUUUAACUCUUCAAAUCUUUCAUCCAUUGACCAAGUCAUAUUUUCCAGUAUUAUCAGUAUUAUUUGCCAUUACUCCAUUAGUUUGUUAAUCAUUGCUCAUAUAAAUGACCUUUUAUUUGGCCAGAUCUUGUAAAUGUUACCAUAUUUUUUUCCAGUAUUGUUUGCUUCAAGCUUAAAAUACAUUGCAAAAAGAGAGACAAAUGGAAAUUAUGAAAAUUGAUAAAUUUACCUUGUUUCAUUUUUUUUUAAAUUAUGUAAUUUAUAUAUUGAUAAAUAUCAUGAAUAAAUUCCAAUUUGCAAAAUAAAUUUGGAUACUAUU